AAAAUAUCAAAAAUAUAAAUUUUGACACAUUUUAAUAGAAACAUGAUACUAUCCACCUUCUUCAGAAUUGUAAUAUUUUUGGUAUUUUGUAUAAAAUUACAGAGUGCCACCACCUUGGUGCUGAGAAAUCUAAGAUGCAAGGCCAUUGAUCCGGACUUUGUGAAAUUCGACAUAUGUGAAGCGACCUUGGAUCGAAGGCGGCGAACAAGUAUCUCAAUAACGGCACGUCUCCUUCAGCUGCCCGUUCGCAACUGUUAUGUGUCGGUUACUUUUGGCCUCACAGCUGGCACCAAUGUACCUCUCUUCAAUGGCUCAUGGGAUGGCUGUGCCUUUUUGAGAAAUCCCCGAAAGUAUUUGGCAUUUAAUCGCAUGUAUAAUUUUUUGGCGCCCUUUACGAAUAUUAAUCAUACGUGUCCAUACAAUCACGAUAUAAUUUUGAGAAAUUUUACGCUAUGGAAGGUGAAACCAAUUAUGGCAUUGCCCGAAGCCUCAUAUAAGUUUUCAUCUAGAUAUUUGGUGGGAUCAAAGCAUCGAGCCUCGGUUGAUGUCCAAAUCGAUUUGGUGAAUGAUUGAAGAUGUUUUGGUGAAUGUGGCCAAAAAAUAUACAAUAUAAAAAUACAAAAUCAAAUUAGAACGCAUUAAAUUAAUACCAAAAGAGACAGCAAAAAAUCUA